CCCAUUUCAGAAUGGGAGACACUUCAUCCCUGAACAAAAAAAACUGGCUUCUCGACAACACCAGCCUCCCUACCACAAGUUCUGCAAAUAUAUUGAAUCCUGACCUCAAGUGUUCCUUGUAUGUAUAUUCACUCACAGCAAUUAGAGCCAUCGAGCGUUCUUUUUUCGCGCCGUUGAAGCCUCAACGUUUAUUUGGAAGCUUUGGCGCAUCUCUUCCGACCUCGGGUAGUGAGAUUAGUUGAUGAGUGCUGUGGGUUCCCAUAGAAGUUUUGAAAUCCCCGUGGGCUUACUAUUACCACUAAAUAUAUUGGACUGGAGAAUGCUCCUCUUGAGGAAACUGAAGAGAUCUGAUAAACUCAUUCAACUCCCUUAUCAGAAUCUGUAUUGUUCUGUUGCGUUUAAAUCCCCCUGCCAAUUUCCUCUGUCAUCUGGGAACACAAUAGAAAUUGAACAAAUUGUUCGGAUCAUCAAUGACCACCCAUUUCCUGAUCGAGCACUUCAACCUACCCUUCUCCAGUAUAUCCCUCCAGCUUCACUCACCACAACCUUUGUGGAAAAUGUUCUUGGUCGUCUCUUUGCAGCCCACUCCAAUGGUCUUAAAGCCUUGGAGUUCUUCAAAUUUUCUCUCCAUCAUUCCCAAUUCAGGUUAAGUUCAGAUGCUUUUGAAAAGACCCUUCACAUUCUUUCACGAAUGCGAUAUUUUGAUAAAGCUUGGGACUUAAUGGUGGAAAUUGGUCAAACACACCCUUCCUUGCUUACCCUCAAGUCAAUGAGCAUCAUGCUAAAUAGAAUUGCUAAAUUCAACUCCUAUGAAGAUACCCUCGAAGCAUUUGAGAAAAUGGAGCACGAGAUUUUUGUUGGGAUGAAGUUUGGUACUGAGGAGUUCAAUGUACUUCUUCGAGCAUUUUCUACACAGCGUGAGAUGAAGGAGGCACGAUCGGUGUUCAAUAAAAUGCAUUCUCGAUUCCCUCCUAACACCAAAACCAUGAAUAUCUUGCUUUUGGGAUUUAAGGAGACGGGUGAUAUUACUUCAAUGGAACUUUUUUAUCAUGAGAUGGUUCGAAGAGGUUUCGAGCCCAACACUUUUACGUAUAAUGCUCGAAUAGAUGCUUAUUGUAAGAAAGGCUGCCUUGGUGAUGGUUUGAGACUUCUUGAAGAAAUGGAACGGGCUAAUUGCUUGCCUUCACUUGAAACAAUCACUACAUUGAUUCAUGGUGCAGGAAUUGUUCGAAACCCACUUAAGGCAAAGCAGCUUUUCGAUGAAAUUCCUAAAAGAAAUUUCCAGCUUGAUGUUGGGGCUUAUAAUGCUUUGAUGAGUGCUUACAUUAGAUCUAGAGAAGUGAAGUCUGCAAUGGACUUGAUGGUGGAGAUGGAAGAGAAAAAUAUUCGGCCCGACAAUGUGACUUAUCAUACCAUGUUUUUAGGAGUGAUGAAGUCAACCGGUGUUGAGGGUGUUUGUGAGCUUUAUGACAGGAUGAUUGAGCGAGAUUUUGUGCCCAAAGCACGGACGGUGGUUAUGUUGAUGAAAUUUUUUUGUGUUAGUGGUCGUCUUGAUUUGGGGAUGAAUUUGUGGCAUUACCUAGUGGAGAAAGGGUGUUGUCCUCAUGGUCAUGCACUGGAUCUCUUGAUAACAGGAUUGUGCUCUCGAGGGAGGCUACAAGAAGCUUUUGAGUGCUCUAAACAAAUGUUGGAGAGAGGAAAGCAUAUCAGUGAUGCAUCAUAUCGAAUGUUAGAGAGCUUACUAUUGCAGGUGAACUCGACAGACAAGCUGAGGGAGCUCAAUCGGCUGAUAAGGAAAUUGCAAUCAGUGUUGCCUCCAUCUAGAGGGCAUGCUAUUGGUAAUCCUGCCUUUGUAGAUGUAAGAUAACAUUGCGACGUGUAAAAAUUUCUUUACUUGUUUAUCAAAUGAGGAAGCUCUCAUUCCAGAACAGUGAAUGAGAUUGUUUCUUUUCAUAUUUUAAAGACUGGCGUCGGUUUUUGAUAUGCGAGUUAUGUACUGCUUUCUGCAUCUGAGAUUUUACAAGAAAUUGGAAUCCUUGCUGCCUUGGUA